AACAUUAGAUUCCUAUUUGUAUUAUGUAUUACAUACAAUUUAUUAAAUUUAUGUAUGGUGGAAUUUACAGGCGCUAGCGGUGGCGGGUGGCGGGUGACGGCGCUGGCUCGACAGCGGAGCGCGGUCACGAGAUGAGCGGCGCAGGCUGGCCGACCGCGCCUCCGCCGCCGCUAUCCGCUGCCGAAGCCCUCUCUUCGCUAUUAUGGCAGCCGUAUGAGUGCCGCUCGCCGCCCCUCUCGCGCUCUCGAACUGAUGGUGCCCUGGCGAGCGACAGCUUCGGCGGGGGGGCGGCGGCACCAUGCGCUCCCCAGUCGCCAAGCGGCGGUCGUCAUGCGCGCGCGUCGUUUCGCGCGAUUACUCUCCGCCACGAGAUGCGGUUGCCAGUGCCGGCGCCCGCCCCGCUGCGUAAAUCGGACUCGGUCUCUGUGCGCGUUCCGGGCGAGCCGAGCCGCCAAAAUGUGUCAAGUGUGAACGUCAACAUAGUGCAGGUGCAGGAUGCCUCGUCCGGUUGUAAUGUGAACAGUGCCGUGCAGACGGAGAGAGAAAGGAGUGUUGCUACCGCAGAGUGUCAGACGGAGGAGCCGACGCGGCGGCGGCGCACUCGGCGUGCGCGGGCGCCGCGAGUGCCCGAGCUGCUUGAGAGUAUACCACCGCCGCCGUACAGCACGUUACCCCCUCAGGCGCACCCGGUGCCUGUAGCCUUACCGGUGCCAGUGCCGGUGCAUCCGCCUCCGGGACCCAUCAUAGCACCACACCCGUCCACACAUCGCUUCCCUUUUCAGCCGAUUCCACUCAGAUCGGGUCGAGGGGCAGCCUACGCAUGUUCGGAGGGCGAAGGGAACGCCCCGAAGUCAUGCUGCGGUCGACCACCCCUCAGGCUAUGUGUGCUCUUUCUGGGAGUCGUUGGAGCAUGUCUGGUCGCCGCUGGUGCUGUACUCGGGGCCCUCAGACCACACCCGAGAGCACCUCUCACAUUAUUACUUCUUAUGAUAGGUAUAGGUGUGGUACUGGUAACAGCAGCCGGUCUAGCGUGGCGGUUGGGUGCUCGAGACGCUCCGUGUGCGUUGCUCGGGUUGAGGAGAGCCUCAUGUCGCCGUCUUGUGCCGCGGCUACCGCCCAGUUAUGCCAGACCCCACCAUCCAUAUGCGGCAAUGUUGUACCCAGAAUUUCAUUACAGACCACCUCCGCCUACAUAUCAGGCAUCUAUGCAAGAGUAUAGGCUCAGGUUACUUCUUUUAGACAGAAGUGCGCCGGCGAUAUCCCCGCCUCCUACGUACAGAUCAAACGCAGCCAGUCUAGUCAGAGGAGCAUCGGGAAUUGCCUGGUGUGGCUCCGAAUACAGCGGUCCGCCGUCCUACCGAGCCCCUCGUGCUGAUCCACCUGCCGCCGUCACUAACACCCUACCUUCUCUCUCUCCCCUCGACCUCAAGUACGUUGAUGAUAGCAUACAAUCAUUACCGAAACCUACAGAACAAGAGAAAGACCCAGAUGAACAUUUAGUGACCAUCGUCCACACAGAUGCUCAGCCAGUCAUAGUCACAGUGUCAGGGUCACCAGCUCUCAACGAAACACACAUACAACCCCCCUCCGAAAUUGAUAUACUGGCGCACUUAUAACAAAUUAAGUCUUGACUAGUAUAAGUUUGAUCGUUUAACGGUAAAAACCCUGUGAUUCGUGGAACAACUUGGGACUAUGUGUCCAGGUGAAUAGUGAUUAAAAAUGAAGUGAUUAUAGCGGUACCUAGUUGUACUAAGAAAUAUUAAUUCUCAUUUAAAUACAAUUGGAAAAUAUUUAAUAUACAAGAGGCAAGAAGACUAAUAAACGAUGUAAUAGACUCUUAAAAACUACAUAAAAUAAAUGGUAAAACCGUUAUUCAUAUUGUUAAUAAAAUGUUUAUGGCUACGAUUGAAUACGUCAACCGUAAUGUUUUUAGUCACUGUAACAUAUUAUAAAUCAUAUUUUAUAUUUUGAUAAAAGAAUCCAUAAAUUUGGAUGUCUCACAACGAAUAUAAAUUCUCUUCUUAUUCUUAAGAAUUUAUUUACUUUCCUUUCAUUUAAAAUUGAAUUUAUCUUGCUUCAUGUAUAUUUCUAUUUUCUAAAAUUAAUAUCGUUUCACGUACCUUGUUUUAUUGUAGAUAAGUUUGUGUAAAUAUUAAAAAGCACUGAUGCAUGAGUUAUAUUUGCUUUAGUAUUAAAUUAACAAACUAUGUGCCGUGUAUAUACGUUAAUACAAAUUUAGCAAUAAAUACGAGUUUAUUAUGAGAAAUGCGAGCAACGAAUGAUUUGUUAUUUAAACCAAAACCUUGGCCGUAAAGUACCUAUAUAUACAAACUAAUAAUGUUAUGUUGCUAUUAAUUUAUAUAGAUAGUGCCAAUGAUUGUUUAAUAAUCCUGUAUAUAAGUAGUUCGAGAGUAUAAAUAACACUGAACUGUUUUUCAUAUGAUUCUUGAUUUCUUUUAAGUUAUUGUUUCUCAGGAUUUUAAUACUUCACGUCACAUUGUGGAAUCUUAAAUUUAUUUUAGUUACAGAUAUUACUUUACACUUCAGUCGUUUACUCCAUUAAACAUUUUAAUUUGUUUACUAUUUUCUUAAUUCAACUAAGUAUGAUAUGUUAUUUAUGGGUUCAAGCAAAUAUUUACGGUAAGAUUUUUAACUUAUACCUACUUAGAGAAAUUGCUUGUAAAUAUCCUAUGUACUUAGUGCACUUUUAUGACUUGUUUAUUAAACAUUAAUUUAAUAUAAAAUAUUGUUUCACACAUCAUGAUUUUCCACUUCCAAUAAAUAUUGAAAUUUAGCUGUUAUUUUGAUAUAAAAUAACUCGGAACAAUAUCAUACUCAUGAUUAUUAUGUUAUUGUGUCCUAAACAAUCGUAACAUAAAGUUACUGUUAAUAGAAUGUAACAAUAGUGUAUUAUUAUAUACUGUACAUAACGUUAUUUGUAUUAUAAGAUAAAUAAAGAAAUUAGUGAAACCA